AUUUGGUAUGCAAACGGAGAUAACCCAGCGGCAGAGGGAUCAAGGGUUGAGCUUACAGUAGGUGGAAAACUCCAACUAACUUCCCCAAAUGGCCAAAUCCUUUGGAAAGCCACAUUCAUGGAUGAUGGCACUGCUUAUCCUGUUGAUGGGGCUGCUUAUGCUGCUUUUCUAGACACAGGCAACUUUGUUCUUGUUGGUAAAAAUCUUUCCUAUGCAUGGGAGAGUUUCAAGAACCCUGCAGACACCCUUUUGCCAACCCAAGAACUGCCGCUUGGUGGAAUGCUAUCUUCUAGACAGACGCGAAGCAAUUACUCCAGGGGAAGGUUCCAGCUCCGCUUGCUACCAGACGGUAACCUCGUUCUUAAUACGAUUUCCCUACCCAAAGCAAAUGCAUAUGCUGCCUAUUACAUCAGCGGCACUUUUGAUGAACAUAAUAGCGCCAAUUCUGGUUACAGGGUAGUUUUCAACGAAUCAGGCUACAUCUACAUCGUUCGAAGGAAUGGGCAGAUUUUUAACCUGACAACAGGUGAGAUAGUGCCUUUACAGGAUUAUUAUUACAGAGCAACACUUGAUUUUGAUGGAAUUUUCAGAGAAUAUGCCUACCCCAAACCUAAAAGAACUGGCAUUAUCGAUCAGUCCUGGGCCAUUGUUUGGAACAUCCCCCCUGACAUUUGUAAUGCAGUGAAUGGUAAUCCCCCAACUGGGGACUUUAAUGAGGGACUUGGUUCUUGUGGCUUUAACAGCUACUGUAAAAUUGAUAGUAAUGCACGGCCGAGUUGUGAAUGCCUCCCUGGCUUCAAUUUCUCCGAUCCAAACAACAAGUUCAAUGGGUGCAUUCAGGACAGGAUACAGGAAUGCAAUCUGGGCCCUUCAAAAGUAGAGGAUUUGUAUGAUAUGCAUGAGUUACCAAACACUUUCUGGCCAACGUCUGCAAACUUUGAAUGGACUCCAUCAAAUGAAGAUGAAUGUAGGCAAUCUUGUCUCUAUGAUUGCCAAUGUGUGGUUGCUGUACUUCGAGAAGGAGGUUGUUCGAAGAAGAAACUACCGCUAACAAAUGGAAUGGUGACCAACAGAUUCAAUGGCAAAGCAUUCGUAAAGGUAGCAAGAUCUAUUAAUGCUUCUAGUUUUCCGAGACCUGAAGGUCCUGGACCACAGAAGAAAGAUCAAUCAAGUGUGAUUCGGGUGGGAUCAUUUCUUUUAGGAGGCUCAGCAUUUAUCAAUUUCCUGCUCAUAACUGCAGGCUCCAUAUUGGCUAUCUGGUCCUGCAACAAGAAACGGAAACCAGAUCAAAUUUCAAGCACCUUGGAAAGUAAUCCACGACCUUUUACUUACCAAGAUCUUGAGGAAGCCACAGAUGGGUUCAAGGAAGAACUCGGAAGAGGUGCUUUUGGAGUUGUGUAUAAAGGGGUUUUACGAUAUGCACAUUCAACAAUAAUCCCCAUCGCUGUGAAAAAAUUAGACAGGUUAAUGCAAGAAGGUGAGAAGGAAUUCAAAGCAGAGGUAAAUGCAAUUGCUAAAACCCAUCACAAGAAUUUGGUCAGUUUGAUUGGAUUCUGUGAGGAAGGGCUGCACAGGCUUUUAGUCUAUGAGUUCAUGAGCAAUGGAACACUAGCUAGUCUCUUGUAUGGAGAUUGUAGACCUGAAUGGAAGAGUCGCACUAAAAUGGCUUUUGAGAUUGCAAGAGGACUAGUGUAUUUGCAUGAGGAGUGCAGCAGACCCAUUAUCCACUGCGACGUUAAGCCUCAAAACAUACUUUUGGAUGACUCAUUCACUCCAAGAAUCUCAGACUUUGGAUUGGCAAAGCUUCUGAUGAGUGACCAAACUCGCACCACAACAGCAAUCAGGGGCACAAAGGGAUAUGUUGCUCCAGAAUGGUUCCGGAACAGGCCAAUUACAACAAAGGUUGAUGUUUAUAGUUAUGGAGUGAUGCUAUUGGAGAUCAUCUGUUGCAGGAAAAAGUAUGAAGUAGAACGAGAAAAUGAGGAUGAAGUGAUACUAACAGAUUGGAUCUAUGACUGCUAUAAAGAGAGAAGACUGGAUAGAGUAGUGGAGAAUGAUGAGGAGGCGAUAAAUGACAUGACAAAGGUGGAAAGGCUAGUGAUGAUUGCAAUUUGGUGCAUACAAGAAGAUCCCUCUUUAAGACCCCCCAUGAGACAGGUAACUCAGAUGCUUGAAGGAGUUGUCCAAGUUCCUAUGCCCCCAUGUCCUACCCCUUUUACUUCUUUAUGCUAAAACUGCAUGCCCCUUUGCCAUUCAUUCUUAAUAUCUUUCAAAAUCUUAAUUUUAAGGGAUAUGUUCCCCAUGUCCACCUUCUUGCAUAUUAAUAUGUCAUCUUGUGCUUCUAAAAGAAUCAAAGAAGUAUGAACUAUAUAUUUGUUUGAGCAUAAAUUUGUUAAUUUGAGGUAACAUUAAAACAACUUCAAAACCUUAAGAUUCCAGGCAAUACCGACGCACAGCAGCAAGCAAAACGCUGAGGGAGAGGAGUGUUUGUAUCUUUCAAUGAAAAUAAUGUUGCUGUAAACAGCCAUAGUGGUAUGCUUGAUUAGGAGAAUUUUCUGAAACGUCAGAAAAUUUUCAUCUCAUCAUCCGCCUGCUAUGCUUGUAUAUUCUUGAGAAUUCUUUGCUAUAUAUAUGUGAAUCUGCCUGGUAUGCUUGCAUUUGUUAC